GCAGCUCUCUGUCUCCAUCAAGCGGCAGCUAUGGCGCAUUGCACUGAGUGUUGAGCAAAACAAAGAAGGAGCCAAAAAGGCGAGGAACGGAUUUCGUCUUUUAUCCGCAACAAAACCAACCGCAAGUGUUCCUCAUUACACUGAGAAAACAGAGUCACAGGAUAGACUGGUUUGUAAAGCACUGGCAUCAGAGGACAGGCAGAAGAAAGUGCUGGGAAGUAACCGAAGAAACAUCCGUCCAGCUGAAGAGCAUGGCUAAGAAGCCGGCACCACCUCCUCCAUCUAAUGUUAACAACAGGACAGUUGUUGGAGCUUAGAAGGCCAGGCCUGCAUCCAUUCUGACAGAGACAAAGACCAAAGUCUCCUCUGUUUUUUUAGCAACAUCUGGACGAGCUUCAUGAGUCGAGCACGUUCCACUGUCCAGGAGCAUGUCAGUCCCCUAUAGAGCUCCUGUUCCUGCACCCAGAUGCCAAAGUUUCCACACAAAGAGCAGUUUCUGCACCACAGGGAAGCCAUUUAUCAAAAGUAAAUCAUCCAGUUUUUGUUGCAGCACUAACCCGACUGGCAGUAGCUGUAAAGUUGUAAGCAACCAUCCCUGGCUGAGCAUCAUCCAUCCGGGACCCUGGACACAACUUCCUCCAGCUGCAGCACCAAUACCUCCUCUUUGGCCCAAAAUUGUAUGUAACAAAGAGGGGCCGUGGUACACACCCAGGCUGUCUCCUCUUCCUAAUCCAUUUGUGGAGGAUGAGGAAGAAUGUGAGGACAUUACUGAAGAUACAAGAGGACACGAGAGUACGACUGAAGAUGAAGACCAGAGUGCACCCUCAGUGUCACAGCCGGAGAACGGUCACGGGCCACCUCAUAAAUCAGGGUACACUCGCGCUUCAGUCUGUUCAAGUGUUGCCACCAAAUGUGCAAAAGUCCAGGAUAAGCAGGUGCAGACAGACUUCAGAGAGGCAGGUGGAGGUGCAGGAUGUGAGCGCGGAAAAGGAGCGAGUGCAACAUCUGGAGAAGUUCAUCAAACGGGUAAACCUGAUUUGGCUAAAACUGCGGGCACGAGAGGAUGGCGUGCAAGGUCACAUGAUGCACAGACUCAAACUUCACUUCCGGCUGUUGGCUCUGCUCCACCUCAGAAUCCCUUUAUGUCUGAACAGGAAGAUGAAAGCCAACCCAAAUGCGCUGCGUGGUCAUCUGACAGUGAGCCAUGCAAUGGGAAUCCAUUUGAACCACAACCUGCAGUACAGGACGAGCCACCCAGACGGGUUUCAGUCCCUGGACAUGACGUCCCGCUGAUAAAGAGGAAGGUGCAGACAGACAUAAACAUUUCCACAGAAACGCUGCAGGUGGAGAUGGAAGAACUGGUUACACGUUUGGAGGCUCUGGAACUCAGAGGAGCUGAACUGGAGAAGAGCCUGAGAGACUGCAAGAACGAUGAAGAGGAGGAGAAGAUUCUGAUGGACUGGUUCUCUGUUAUUCAAGAGAGACACAUUCUGGUGCGCAGAGAGACGGAGCUGGUUUUUCUGACAAAGCAACAGAAGUUAGAGACGAGACAAGCAGAUGUUGAAUAUGAGCUUAGAUGUCUCUUUAAUAAACCAGAGAGUCACUGGAAUCAGAAGGAUCGAGGUCGGGAGAGGCAGCUGACUGAUGACCUGUUCGCCAUCAUCGAUCAGAGGAAUCAGAUCAUCAGCAGUUUAGAGCAAGACAGACAGAGGGAAAGGGAAGAAGAUUUGUUUUGGGAAGAAUUAAAGAAUAACAAAGAUUUGCAGAAAGAGGGACUGAAAGAGCUGCAGAAGUCAAAAGGGAAUUUUGUGCCAAAGAAAGUGUUAAAGAUGGUGAACCAUAAAGCAGAGGAAGAACCCACAAGUUCUGAAAAAGAGUAUCAGUUUAUGUUGUAAAAAAAAACCCAGUGUGUGUGUGUGUGUGUGUGUGUGUGUGUAUACAGUAGGGUAAAAAAGUAUUUAGUCAGUCCCUGAUUGUGCA